CUCAAACAAACUGCGUUGAAUGGCGUGAUCGUUUUUGGUGCGAUACUCAAAAGGUCCAAUUGUCGCAGACUUGAUCGAUCACCGACGAGUAUUCCUUCGCGAAUCUGUUCGGUCCUGAAUCAUAUUUAUCCUGGCGUCGCGCGAGCAUUCGUAACCGUCGCUUCGCACCGCAUCUGCCUCUCAUCUUCCUCCCCACCAUGAAAAUCUACACUUCCCCGCAUGCGCCCGUCCUCGUGCGGAACGAGUCUAUCUACACCAACCUCGCCGUAACGCGCUUUGACGACUUCCCACGGGAGCAGCCCGCUUUCAUCGACGCUGCAACGGGCAAGGUGAUCUCUAGAGGCGACUGGCUCCAGCUCACCCAAGAGCUGGCCUGGGGCUUCCGCCACGAGUUCCCGAGACUCGGCGGUGUUGGGUCCCUCCAGCGUGGCGACGUCGUGAUGAUCUUCUCACCGAACAGUCUCGCGUGGCCCGUCAUGCUCUUUGGCGGCUUCGCCGCGGGCCUGUGCAUGACGCUCGCGAACAGCUCGUACACUGCGCGCGAGCUCGAGCAUCAAUGGACGAACAGCGGUGCCAAGGUCGUCAUCGUGCACCCCGACCUGCUGUCGGUCGUGCUUGAGAUGUUCAAGAACGUGAAACUCGACCUCACGGCCGCGAGGCGGCGAAUUAUCAUCGCGGACUGGCCAACGCCUGACCCUGCGUUCAAUGACUACAUACGCAUGCAGAACCUCCUCGGAGCUGGACGAUUAUUCCAGGAAGAAAGGUUCCCUGAGGAACUCGCAAACGAGACCACACUCUUGUGUUACUCGUCAGGAACGACCGGAGAGCCCAAAGGUGUCAUGAUCACUCACAGGAACUUAAUUGCCGUGAUAGCUAUGAUCGAAAUUUCAUAUCCGAGCUUACAUGAGCCUAACCCGGUUAUAUCUGGUCCCAUUCCUUUUUACCAUAUCUAUGGUGGAAUUAACUUGUUGCAUUUCCCGUUCAUACGCGGCGUACCGCUCGUGAUUAUGCAAAAAUUUGAUCCUGUGGACACCUGCAAAUGGAUAGAAAAGUACAAAGUCACACAGAUGCUCGUCGUUCCGCCAAUAUGCCUCUUAUUUACGCGCCAUCCUGCGAUCGACAAGUAUAACAUGUCGAGUUUGAGAUUGAUAUCGUCAGGGGCAGCGCACCUUAAGGAACCGCUAGUCAAGGCUUUGCGCAAUCGUCUCAGAAAUGCCGGUGCGGACGUCGCUAUUACGCAAGGUUAUGGCAUGACCGAGAUGUCACCGACGACGCAUAUCCUCCCUGCCAAGGAUUUCAUCCGGAAAGCGGGAAGCAUCGGAACCCUGCUUCCAAAUCUCGAGGCUCGACUGGUCGUUGAGGACGUUCGAGAGGCUGCUCCCGGCGAGCCAGGCGAGUUAUGGUUGCGUGGUCCUACCAUCAUGAAAGGAUACUUGAACAACUCGGAAGCGACGGCCGACUCCAUUACGCCUGACGGCUGGUACAAGACGGGGGAUAUCGCGACAUUAGACGAGGAGGGUUAUUAUUCUAUCGUUGACAGGCGGAAAGAGCUGAUUAAGUACAAGGGCUUUCAAGUCCCACCCGCCGAGCUGGAAAGUGUACUUUUGAAACAUCCAGAGAUUGCUGAUGCCGCUGUUAUUGGUGUUGUCGAUGAAGCUGAGGCUACUGAGCUGCCAAAAGCGUAUGUUGUGCACAAGACCGGUCUUCAGUCCUACGAUGAGCGGGCUUUCUGCUUGGCCGUUGAAGAGUGGAUUAAGCCUCACGUUGCUCGUCAUAAAUAUCUACGCGGAGGUGUCGUAGUUAUAGAUGCUAUACCCAAGAGUGCGGCAGGCAAGAUCCUUCGUCGGCAACUGGUAGAACGUGCAAAAUCAGAAUUCGCAUCAGCAAAAGCGACAGGAGCGAAGCUGUGAAUACUGUACUC